AUGUCCACCACAACCUUUACAUCAACAGCCACAACGGCUUCUUCCGCAACGGCAACUUGCACAACUGCUGUACCUGGGAAAUAUGGUCGUGUUCCUGUAGAUGCGUGCAACGCCAACUAUUUCUUCGAUCCCAGCUUUGCUGCCAAUCUUGCCUUUUGUGUGCUCUUUGGUAUGACGACCAUGGUCCAUCUCAUACAAGCAAUUCUUUUCAAGAAGAAAUUCUCCUGGGUAGCCAUCAUGGGCGCAGCCUGGGAAACCAUUGGAUUUGCUUUCAAGACCCUAGGAAGCAGGGACCAGCAAAACACGACAUAUGUUAUCUUGGGUCAACUGUUCUUUCUUCUUGCUCCUCUCUGGGUCAAUGCUUUCGUCUACAUGGCCGUCGCACGCAUGGUAUAUUUCCGUAUGCCUGACCGAAAGCUUCUCGGCAUCAAGGCCAUCCGCAUGACUCUUCUCUUCGUCUGGCUCGAUAUCAUUCUCUUCCUGGUCCAGGGAGCCGGUGGAAGCAUGCUCUCGAACAACGACGAUAUGAACGUGAUUCGCAUUGGACAGAAGGUUUACAUGGCUGGUGUUGGUCUGCAGCUUGCUGUCAUUCUGAUCUUCAUUGGUAUCACUGCUUACUUCUACUUCAAGCUUCGACAACUCGAGGGUCGAAGUAUGGGACGCAUGAAAUGGCUCAUCUUGACAAUGCUUACUGUUCUCAUCCUCAUUGUGAUCCGAAUCGUGUAUCGUCUGAUCGAAUUUGGUCCUGGUGUCAAUGAGCACAACCAACUUUUGAUUCAUGAAGAGUAUCCACUGGGUCUCGAUGCAACUCCGAUCUUGAUCGCCCUCGUAUUACUCAACAUUAUGCAUCCUGGUUUUGUUCUUCGGGGACCCGAUAGCGAAUUCCCCAAGCUCUCUCGAAAGGAGAAGAAGGCGAUCAAGCAACAGAAGAAGAUGGAGAAGAAGCAGGCUAAAGAGGCCAAGAAAGCUCGCAAGACGGGUGCCCAGGAACUGAAGAAUUUGUCUUAUGAGGGACAGUCCAUCAGUAGUAAUGAGCUCGUCUAG